ACAGCCAUUGGAUAACACACGCACGGCUCCCAUCACCCACCUCACUCUGCCCACCAAUGGCGACGGGUGGCUGAGAAAAACGGAGUCCAAGCUCCCCGAACCUCCCCCCAUGGCUCCUCUCGCCUCCCCUCCUCUCCCAUACCGCGCCCCUGCCUUCCUCGCCGCCCCCGCCAUCCGCAGCGGGCGGCCUCCACGCCUGCUCAGCCCGUCGCGGUCCGCGUCCCCACUCCUCUCCUCCGGCUGCGCAGGCUGCUUCCCCCGCGCCCCUCGCGCGCCCUGUACCGCCGCCCGCGAACGCCGCCGCGACGCCGUGCGGACAUUCUCCCAAACUGAUGCUGCUGGACAAGCACCUUUAUCAAAGACUCUGUCAGACCUCAAGGAUUCCUGCUGGAGAUUUCUGAGGCCACACACAAUUCGAGGAACUGCUUUGGGAUCCAUAGCUUUGGUUGCUAGAGCCUUGAUAGAGAAUUCCCACCUGAUAAAUUGGUGGUUGUUAUUCAAAGCAUUCUAUGGACUUGUAGCGUUAAUCUGUGGCAAUGGUUACAUAGUUGGGAUCAAUCAGAUCUACGAUGUUGCUAUUGACAAGGUAAAUAAGCCAUAUCUACCCAUUGCUGCUGGUGAUCUCUCAGUUGAGUCAGCAUGGUUGCUGGUGACAUUAUUCGCAAUUGCAGGCUUUUCAAUUGUAGUGUUAAACUUUGGAUCUUUCAUUACCUCUCUAUACUGCCUUGGCCUAUUUCUUGGCACUAUAUAUUCCGUUCCUCCAUUCAGACUGAAGAAAUAUCCGGUUGCUGCUUUUCUUAUCAUCGCAAUGGUUCGGGGUUUUCUUCUCAACUUUGGUGUGUACUAUGCUACUAGGGCUGCACUAGGUCUUACAUUCCAAUGGAGCUCUCCUGUUGCUUUCAUUACAUGCUUCGUGACACUAUUUGCUUUGGUCAUUGCUAUAACCAAAGAUCUCCCUGAUGUUGAAGGGGAUCGCAAGUAUCAGAUAUCAACUUUGGCAACAAAACUUGGUGUCAGAAAUAUUGCCUUCCUUGGCUCUGGUCUAUUGGUAGCAAAUUACAUUGCUGCUAUUGCUGUAGCUUUUCUCAUGCCUCAGGCGUUCAGGCACUCUGUCAUGGUCCCUGUGCAUGUUGUCCUUGCAGCUGGUUUAAUUUUCCAGACAUGGGUUCUGGAGCAAGCUAAGUACACUAAGGAUGCUAUUUCGCAGUACUAUCGGUUCGUUUGGAAUCUCUUCUAUGCUGAAUAUAUCUUCUUCCCAUUAAUAUAGAGCCUAGAGAUCUGGUAGUUCAGAGUGGGCUACAGCCUAAUGAUGGGAGCAAAUCAAAAAGGGUGGAGUCGAUAAAGUGCAGGGGCUAUCAAGGAUCCUGGAGUUGUAGGAGCUUCGGAAGCUUUUGUCAUGCUGAGGGUGAGGGCUUUGUUGGAACUGCGGUAGCUGUCUUUGGCACAAAUUCAGCAGUGCCCCGUUCUGUAGGGUCUUGUCUGGGAGGGCUUGAGCUCAGGUCUGACGUCGAUGGAAACUCAAGUUCUGGCCCCAAACAGGUGGUGGUGCUGGUGCAACGGCCAAGCCAAGCUCGUAGCUUGUCACUCGAGGUUAAGCUAAUACGCGAGACAUAUUGACGGCGUGCCCUCGCAGUGAGUCACGAAUACAGACCACGGACUACUAACUCUAAGCAUCCCUUUGGCUUAUACUGCAUAUAUAUUCCUUGAGCUUCAGCUGUACCUGUUGUAUAGUCGGAACCACUGUCUUUUCCACCGUUCUGGAAGGACUGAAACUUUCUCCA